GGAUUAAGGAGGGCUACCGCCGGACACAGGUGAUGGCGCCUUGGUCAGAUCGAGGGGAGAAGCGCCUGGCCUGACAGCAGUAAAAUCAACCAAAUUGCCCCUGCGUUUCCUCCUCAUAGAUUCUCACGCCCCCUCUUACGUCUAGGUACGGAGCAGUAACUCAGUGCGGAAACAAAAGCGGAGGAGAGAGAGAUGGUUGGGCCACCGAGACCCCAGUUUGUGCUGUUCGGUUCAUCCAUAGUACAGUUCAGUUACAGCAACCAAGGAUGGGGCGCGAUUCUCGCUGACCUCUACGCCCGUAAGGCGGAUGUAGUGUUGCGUGGAUAUUCUGGGUGGAACUCAAGGCGUGCUCUCCAAGUUCUGGACCAAGUGUUUCCAAAGGAUGCUGCUGUGCAGCCAUCUUUGGUGAUAGUCUAUUUUGGUGGUAACGACUCGAUGCACCCUCACCCAUCUGGUCUAGGCCCCCAUGUACCACUUCCUGAAUAUGUUGAAAACAUGAAGAAGAUUGCUGUUCAUCUCAAGAGCCUUUCAGAGCAAACACGCGUUAUCUUUCUUAGUGCUCCUCCUAUCAACGAGGCACAAAUCCGCGAGACACUGAGUGGAAGACUGGGGACCCUGGGUCGGACAAAUGAGUGCUGCGGAAUAUAUUCAGAGGCUUGUUUAGAGUUGUGCAAAGAAGUGGGCGUGAAGGCUAUUGAUCUUUGGACUGCAAUUCAGCAACGGGAUGAUUGGUUAAAUGUUUGCUUCACGGACGGCAUCCAUUUGUCAAGUGAAGGGAGCGAGGUAGUAGUGAAGGAGAUACUGAAGGUGCUCGAAGAAGCUGAGUGGGAGCCCAGUCUCCACUGGAAGUCAUUGCCUAGUGAAUUCGAUGAUGAUUCACCCUAUAAUCCUGGUAGUCCUGUUGGCAAGACCACCCUCAAGGUUGCUGACAUCAACUUACACAGGGAGAUAGAGUGGGACUAAGGUCCCCUAUCCCAGAUUGUUUGUCGCGUUCAAUGUAAGCAUUCUACCUGGCUUUACAGCUGGUGCCAUAAACGGGAACCACCUCUUUUUUGGAUUAAAAGUUGCAAUGAUAUCUGUUAUGGGGAAUAAAAGGGCUUUCUUGAAAAAAUAAUAAUAAUAACUACACCUCGGUACACU